AUGUCGAUCAUUGCAGGAGCAGCAGCAGCCCCAGUCGCUGGUCAAGUAGCAGAAGCUGCAGUCGGCAAACCACAAGGUUUACCAAUUGCAUCAUUACCAGAACAAGUGGAUGUUGGAGCAACAAUCAAAGAAGGAGCUGCACGAAUCGGACAAGCAUUACAAGGAAAUAUCGGUGAAGCAAUCAAACUACCGGGUUCAUGA